AUGACCAAGCCAGCCUACGCCACCGAGCCAACCAACCCAGAGAAGUCCAGCAAGUCCCGCGGAUCAAACUUGAGAGUUCACUUCAAGAACACUCGUGAGACUGCCAACGCCAUCAAGGGCAUGUACCUCAAGAGAGCCCAAACCUACUUGUGGAACGUCCUCAAGCACAAGGAGGCCAUCCCAUUCCGUAGAUUCAAGUACGGAUGUGGUCGUACUGCUCAAGCCAAGAACCUCGAGGGUGCUCACUCUGCCAGAUGGCCAAAGAAGUCCGUCGAGCACGUUUUGAGCUUGUUGAAGAACGCCGCUGCCAACGCUGAGGCCAAGCAGCUCGAUGCCGACAAGUUGAUCGUUUCACACGUCCAGGUCCAGCGUGCCCAGAAGACCAGACGUAGAACCUACAGAGCCCACGGUAGAAUCAACCCAUACUUGUGCAGCCCAUCCACUGUCGAGUUGAUCCUCACUGAGGCUGAGACCAGAGUCCCAAAGCCAUCCGACUCCAAGAUCGUCAAGGCCAACUAA